ACCGUAGCAAAUUGUGAUCAGGUAUCCUGCGCGUUUAUUUUCUCGCUGAUUCUUCCGCACAUACUGUCUGAGAACACUGGAGAGAAACAUCAAUGUUUAAUAUUUGGUCUUAAAAUCCUGUAGUCACUGGGAGUAUUGCCAUGGUGGAUGUCACUAAGUGGCCUCUCUUCACUCUUUUGAGUGGACAGGAGCUCAUCUCCAUAAGACAGGCAUGCAUCUUUGGAGCAUCUGCUAAUGAGGCCAUCUACAUCACCCAUGAUGACGAAGUGUAUGUGUUAGGCCUGAACUGCAGUAACUGUCUGGGCACUGGAGACAGUCAGAGCACAAUUGUCCCUAAAAAACUGGACUGUCUGAGUGGGAAGAAGGUGGUCAGUUUGAGUUAUGGCAGUGGGCCUCAUGUUCUGCUAGCCACAGAAGAGGGAGAGUUGUAUGCUUGGGGGCAUAAUGGGUACAGUCAGUUGGGAAAUGGGACUACCAAUCAAGGUGUGUCACCCAUCCUGGUGUCUACUAACCUGCAGAACAAGAGAGUGACUGAGUUGGCCUGUGGGUCUCACCACUCUUUAGCGCUGACACAUGAGGGUGAGGUGUUUGCAUGGGGCUACAACAACUGUGGUCAGGUGGGUUCGGGUUCCACUGCCAACCAGCCGACGCCCCGCAAAGUAUCCAACUGCCUCCAAAACAAAGUGAUGGUCAGUAUAGCUUGUGGACAGACCUCUUCCAUGGCUGUGGCGGAUAAUGGCGAGGUUUAUGGGUGGGGUUAUAAUGGAAAUGGACAGCUGGGCUUGGGCAACAAUGGGAACCAGUUGACGGCUUGUCGUUUGAUCGCACUGCAAGGUCUCUGUGUGCUGCAGAUUGCCUCAGGUUAUGCACAUUCACUGGCAUUGACCGAUGAGGGACUGCUUUAUGCAUGGGGGGCCAACACUUAUGGCCAGCUGGGCACCGGCAACAAGAGCAAUCAGCUCAGCCCUGUUCAGGUGUUGACUGAGAAUGAAAGCAGGAUUGUGGAGAUUGCCGCCUGUCAUUCCACACACACGUCUGCGGCAAAGACACAGAGUGGUCAUGUGUACAUGUGGGGGCAGUGUCGCGGGCAGCCCAUCGUGCUACCACACCUCACACACUUCACCAGCACGGACGACGUCUUCGCUUGCUUUGCCACGCCCUCUGUGAUGUGGCGGCUGCUCUCCAUGGAGCAUGAUGAUUUUCUGACUGUAGCCGAGUCCCUUAAAAAAGAGUUUGACAAUCCAGAGACCUCAGACCUCAAAUUCAGCAUAGACGGCAAAUACAUCCAUGUCCACAAGUCUUUUCUCAAAAUAAGGUGUGAGCACUUCAGAUCAAUGUUCCAGUCACACUGGAAUGAAGAUUUGAAAGAAGUGAUUGAGAUUGACCAGUUCUCUUAUCCGGUGUACCGCUCUUUCCUGGAGUUCCUCUACACUGAUAGUGUGGAUCUUCCUCCUGAGGAUGCUAUCGGUCUGCUGGAUCUGGCAACCUCGUACUGUGAAAACAGACUAAAGAAGUUGUGUCAGCAUAUUAUAAAGAGAGGCAUCAUGGUGGAGAAUGCUUUCUCUUUGCUGUCUGCUGCCAUCAGAUAUGAUGCUGAGGAUCUUGAGGAAUUCUGUUUUAAAUUCUGUGUCAACCACUUGACUGAGGUCACGCAGACAGCUGCGUUCUGGCAGAUAGAUGGAAACAUGCUAAAGGAGUUCAUCUGCAGAGCCAGCCGUUGUGGAGCUUUCAAAAACUAACUCUGAUGUCUCCGAUUGCCACCAGAAAUACACACUCAAACUGUAUUAGCCAUGGAAGUAACCCAUCUGUUACUGCUUUCAGUCAUCAUUAUAGCCAGAGGGCGCUGUUACACCACAUAGUCAUUAUACACACAGUAUUGGGUCCUAGGGUGAGGGGUGGGUUUAGGGCCUUGUUGGGCAUAUAACAGGGCAAUAAAAGGAAAUGGUUGGAAAUUCAUCUGUUAUUAGAGAUGGUUAAUCAGACAAGGGACAUUCAUAUUCAAGUCUUUUUAGAAAAUAGAAACUGCCCAAUUCUAAUAACAAUUCCUAGUGCUUCUGACAGGAGUGAUGUUUGCAUAAUAAAGUGGGAGGGGGAUGAGAAUUUGCUAAUAACUUACUAAGACAUGCACCACUAAAUUGCAGACAAAGAAUGUAUAUUAUUUUCUCUUUUUUUUUUUUUUCCCCCCCCACGCGUAUUUAAUUGUCACUAUUAAGAUCUUAAUAGUGUGUUAGAAGUUACUCUUUAUAAAAAAAAAAAAAUAGUGUGCUGUGUGGCUGGGAUUGGUAAAUUAAUUUGGACUAGAGACGGAACAGUUUAUUGAUACUUCCCCCUUAUUGCAGCCUCACUAGCUUUUGUGUAAAUGUUAUUAUACGUAGAGGUUUUUUUCCUUGAUGUUAGUCUUAAUAUAUAGGCAUUUUUGUUUUUCUAUCGUAAUAAGAAGCUUUUGACCACUGUUUGGUAUUACUUUAAGAGUUGAUGUAGCUGUGGAGUUUUGAAGCAGCAUCUACAAGAACUGACAGUUGCACUCAGUCUGAUGUUUAUGUUUUGCUAAAUAAAAAGUAUUAUAUAUUGUUGCACUCUUAUAUUCCUUUAAAGGAGCUCAUAUAAGAUCAUAUGAGGUUUUAAAAGAAUCUUUGCAGUGGUGUGUAAGGACAUAUGGCACUUUUUAAUACGUUUGAAACAUUUAAUUUCAUUUUAUAAUAUAAACGCCUUUUAGGUUGCUUUCCUCAUACUUCUAAACCAACUUUAUUGUUUGUUCAAUUUGUUGUUUGUACAUACUGUACAGUUUUUUGCAAUAGUUUUGUAAAUGUAUCUGUGCACAUCAAGUGUGUCACAGUUUCUCUUGUAAGUUAUAUAACUUUAACUUUAUCUGUAAAAGAUGAAUAAAGAUUUUCUCAU